UAGAUGCUUCAUCGUUAGGUCAUUUCCUUCUACUGUUAGAGGUCGUUAAUUUGAUUUUCCUGAUGUGACCAUGGAUUUAACUACGUCAGUGGUCAUUUACAAAAUACUGAAGACUUUCCUUUUUUCUCCAGAUAUAACUCACCAUCUCCAAACUUGCAUGAGUUAAGCAGCUGGGGUACCUUUUCCAGUUAUCUCACUGAUAGGAACAGACCUCUUUGAAAAUGGAUAUUCUCACAUGUUCUUCAGACAGAAAAGCCGGCAGUCACUGAAAUAAAGACUUGAAGUUCCUUCCUCUUUUUCAAUGUCGUAAGAAACAGGAAAUAAAGGUCAGAACUUCAAGAAAAGGAAGAAAAGGGGAUUCCAUGAAGAAAUGGUGCCCAAAGAACACACCACGUGGAGCAUACCUGCAAAAGAAAUGAAGAGGAUCCUCAGGGUGGAGCUCUGAGUUACGAGGCCCUCUCCUCUGGGACCAGAACAAACGUACUGAAGUGAUGACAGGACCUGGGGAGAAGAAUGCUUUAUUUGGGCUGGAUGCUUCUCUGGCUUGUCGCGUCAGGGAGACUGGAAGGACCUGACAUCUCAGGAGCCCCCAGGACGAGGCCUGUUGUGUCAAGAUGAUCUUAGAAGUUAAACCCAAGACAAACAUAUCCUGUGGGAGCCCCGUGUCAUAUAAGCAAAGCCUUCUUCUCGGCAGCAUGGACUCCAUUCGCUGCCCCAGUCUCAGCCACCAAAGUGAUGCACAGAGUCCAGAGGUGACCUGGUACCAGAAUGGAAAACUACUCCCUGAAGAAAGGCGCAGCCCAAUCGAAGUGGAUGAAAUCUACGACUACCACCAGGGCACGUACGUGUGUGAUUACACCCGGUCGGAUAAUGCAAGUUCAUGGACAGUCAGGGCUGUUGUCCAAGUGAAGACCAUUGUGAAGAACACUAAUCUCAAGCCAGAUAUUCUGGACCCCGUCAAGGACACACUGGAAGCCGAACUGGGAAAGCCUUUAACUCUUAACUGCACAGCACGAUUUGGCUUCGAAAUAAACUUUAAACCUGUGAUAAGAUGGUACAUCAAAGAUUCUGAGCAGGAGUGGGAAGUCCCAGCGCCUGAGGAGAAAAGUGUUAAAUCCACCCUAAAGGAUGAAAUCAUAGAGCGCGUUUUCUUCUUGAAAGAAGUUACUCAGCGUGAUCUCCGCAGGACAUUCACCUGCUUUGCCCAGAACUCCAUUGGGAACACUACCCAUUCCGUCCAACUAAAAGAAAAGAAAGGAGUGCUGUUCCUCUACAUCCUCCUCGGCACCGUCACGUCCCUGGCGGGUGCGCUGGCCGCAGGCGCGCUCCUCUGCAGGUACUGGAUCGAGCUGGUGCUGCUGUACCGAACCUACCAGAGCACGGACGAGACCCUCGGGGAUAAAAAGGAGUUUGAUGCUUUCGUAUCUUAUGCGAAACUGAGCUCUUUGGAGAGUGAGGCCACUCCGUCUCUGAGCGAGGAAGAUCUGGCUCUGAAUCUAUUCCCUGAAGUUUUGGAAAACAAGUAUGGAUACACCUUGUGUUUGCUUGAAAGAGACGUGGUCCCAGGAGGAGCGUAUGCAGAAGACAUUGUGAGCAUGAUCAAGAAAAGUAGGAGAGGAGUAUUUAUCUUGAGCCCCAACUAUGUCAACGGACCCAGGAUCUUUGAACUACAAGCAGCGGUGAAUCUCGCCUUGGACGACCAAACACUGAAACUGAUUUUAAUUAAGUUCUCUCCCUUCCAAGAGCCAGAGUGUCUACCUCAUCUAGUGAAAAAAGCUCUCAGGGUUUUGCCCACAGUCACGUGGAGGGGCUUAAAAUCGGUCCCUCCCAAUUCCAGGUUCUGGACCCAAAUGCGCUAUCAUAUGCCCGUGAAAAGCUCUAAAGGAUUCACAUGGGACCAGCUCAGAAUUAUUCCAAGAAUUUUUUCUUGGAAAAGACUCAGGAAAACAAAAGCCACUGGGAGGAGCUCCCAGCCUAGAGGAUGGGGGGAUGAGCCCCGGACCCCCCCUCCCCCACCAUCCCAGGCGAGGAGAGCCCUGGGCCCCUCCCCCAGAUCCCAGGUGAGCAGAGACAUCGAUGAACAGAACACACGGCACGGACCAGGCUGAUAGUAAGUGAGAAGAGUUCUUCCGGCCCUGAGGGGGCUUGGCAGCCCUGGAAAGACACUGGAGCUAUGGUGGCAGCCUCUGACUCCUUGGACUGGACAGAGGGAGAGCGAAUUCUCCAGAUUCUUAUACACACUCAGCCCGUGAGGCUCCUAAGAUUUCCCUGGUCAUCUAUGUGGAAUCAGCAGAUACAGCCCCUUGGCUUUGUGGCUCUGGACUGUCAUGUCUGCUAAGUAUUGUACACAUAACUUUAUGUAUCUUUGCAAUCAAAUAAAUAUUACUUUAUUAGAAA